AUUUGAAGCCAACAACAAAGGCGCAGGUGUAGUAGAAAUAGAGGUGAAGGGCAAAUUGGUAAAAGCAAAAAAAGAAGUUCAGGAUUUGGUUAGCAGGAACCCUCGCACACACUCUUUUUUCCCCCAAAGCAUCGCCGUCUUCACAAAACUCCACGGCGUACAACAUUCCUCUCAAACCCUAAUUUCUCAUCUUCAGUCAUGGCAGGCGCAGCUCCAGAAGGAUCACAGUUUGAUGCUCGUCAAUUCGACUCAAAAAUGAAUGAAUUGCUUUCAGCUGAUGAUGGGCAGGAUUUCUUUACGUCAUACGAUGAGGUUUAUGAUAGUUUUGAUGCCAUGGGUUUGCAGGAGAACCUUCUCAGGGGCAUUUAUGCAUACGGUUUUGAGAAACCCUCAGCAAUCCAGCAAAGAGGAAUUGUACCCUUUUGCAAAGGUCUUGAUGUGAUUCAACAGGCUCAGUCUGGAACUGGGAAGACUGCCACAUUUUGUUCUGGAAUUCUGCAGCAACUUAACUAUGAACUUCUGGAAUGUCAAGCUUUGGUCUUGGCACCUACUCGGGAGCUUGCACAACAAAUUGAAAAGGUCAUGAGGGCACUUGGUGACUACCUUGGUGUGAAGGUACAUGCCUGUGUGGGAGGAACCAGCGUUCGGGAGGAUCAACGCAUCCUUUCAAGUGGUGUUCAUGUUGUUGUGGGAACGCCUGGACGUGUAUUUGACAUGCUGAGAAGACAGUCACUUCGCCCUGAUCAUAUAAAGAUGUUUGUAUUGGAUGAGGCUGAUGAAAUGCUUUCCAGAGGCUUCAAGGAUCAGAUCUAUGAUAUUUUCCAGCUCUUGCCUCCUAAGAUUCAGGUUGGUGUCUUCUCUGCUACUAUGCCUCCUGAGGCACUUGAAAUCACAAGAAAAUUCAUGAACAAACCUGUGAGGAUUCUUGUGAAGCGUGAUGAGCUGACCUUAGAAGGUAUCAAGCAGUUCUAUGUGAAUGUGGACAAGGAAGAAUGGAAGCUUGAAACCCUGUGCGACCUGUAUGAAACAUUAGCCAUUACACAGAGUGUGAUCUUUGUGAAUACUCGUCGCAAAGUUGACUGGUUGACAGACAAGAUGCGAAGCAGAGAUCACACAGUGUCAGCUACCCAUGGUGACAUGGACCAGAACACUAGAGAUAUUAUAAUGCGUGAAUUCCGUUCUGGGUCCUCCCGCGUUCUCAUCACCACUGAUCUUUUGGCACGAGGAAUCGAUGUCCAACAGGUCUCCCUGGUCAUAAAUUAUGAUCUCCCCACUCAGCCUGAGAAUUAUCUUCAUCGUAUUGGACGCAGUGGAAGGUUUGGUAGGAAGGGUGUGGCCAUCAACUUUGUAACUAAGGAUGAUGAGAGGAUGCUGUCUGAUAUUCAGAGGUUUUACAACGUUGUUAUUGAGGAGCUGCCAGCAAAUGUUGCUGAUCUCCUGUAAGAAGCUUUUUUCCUACUUCAAUGGCCAAAAAUAGGAGCGGGUACUAUUUUGGGUGGGUUCUACACACUUCUCUCUUUCCCCACCCCACCCUCUUUUCAUUUUUACAUUUUCUGUGUAAUGUUUAAAUUCGUGGUCCUUGUCUCUUAAAUUAUGAACGUGAGUAAUGCACAUUGGCGUUGUGUAAUCCAUUAUUAUAUUAUACUAUGGUGGCUGCUGCUAGCUUUUGACCUCAAAGGGUUGUAUCUGAAGGUACAAUGUUAACAGUAUUAUAAAAACAUUCAGUUUCACUUGCAA